CGUGGCGACCCGCUCACAGUCAGCCCAUUGUUUACCGUAAUGCAGCUAAAACUUGACGUUGCACUUUCUUCAGUCUGUAAUGUGACUCCUGUUUGGGUUCACCUCACUUUUUUUUAUUUUUUUUUUUAUUUUUGGGCCAAAGCGGUUUUGUCUCCUUCAUUUGCUCGACGACAAGGGAAAAGGAAGUGAAGCGCUGAGAGGCCAAGUUCAACAGCUGCACCAUGAACAUGUUCAGAAGAGACAAGGGGUCACCUGUCCAGACUCCUGUGGUUCCGCUAAGACCCACUAAAGAGGAGCUGGACAACCCCGUCAGACACAGCCACCAAACGCAGGAUCCUGAAUCAAAUGCAGCCCUAGAGCAGAAGACGGGAGUGAUGGGGGUUGUGCAGAAGGUCAAUCCCUUCAAGUCGACGUCAAAGGCGACCUCUUCGUCUUCGAAUGUCAGCCAAACUUCUUCCUCUGAAUCGUUAGAACAGGCAGCAGACUCCACACAGAACCCUGGGAUGUUAAAAGGAGUCGUGCAGAAAGUGAACCCGUUCAAGUCCACCUCCCAGGUGCCUAAAGCUCCAUCCUCAGACUCACUGGGACGAGAAAGGAGCCCAGACUCGUCUCAGAGUUCUGGUACGUUCAAAGGAGCCAUACAGAAAGUAAAUCCCUUGAUGUCUUCAGCACAGCAGCCCAAAAGCGAUGCUCAAGGUGACCCUGCAAACACACAACAGCCUGACAAAGACCUUCAAGACAAACGGAAUCCGGGGGUGAUGUCGAGCAUGAUUCAGAAAGUCAACCCAUUCAAAUCCUCCCAGCCAAAGGAUGCUCGGUCUCUAUACAGUGACUCCUCCUCGUUAGGCUCUGGAAGCCUAACGGACAACAGCAAUGUACCAGAGAAGCAGAAUCCCGGGAUGUUUAAAGGGAUGAUGCAGAAAGUAAACCCCUUCAAGUCACACACACAGGUGACAGAUGACGCUUGUGAGACUGACUCAUCUGUUCCUUCUAAUAUGACUGAGGUCGAGCGAGCUACGCACAGUGAGAACUCCAGCAGCUCUGAAAGUCUGGACGACAGCGCUAUAGAGAGACAUACCAUUUGGUACACAGACGCAGACGCCACACCUGAGGUGGGAAACCAGCCAACAGAGAGGACUAAGACUUUCAUUAUCAAAAGAAUUCUUCCGAAAUCAUUUUUUGGGUCGGGAUCCAAGGAAUCUGCAAAUCCAUCAUCAGCUGCUCAGGCGCAGCCUCAGGAGGACGUUGAAGUUCAAACACUACAGCUGGCCGAAGUACCAGUACCUGGUGAAGGAACACAACUGGACCCUCUGGACGAUGAGGAAGGCCUUCUUUCAUGGUGGAAAACUGCUGAAGGAUGGAAUGAGUGGAAUGAAGCGAACCAGAAUGAUGACGCUGAAGAAGUGGUGGAACAAGCCGCCGAUCGAGUCUUCAUGGCCGCGCGUCUUUUCGUUCGCCUCUUCAACCAGCGCGGCGCCUCCCUCCAGCAGCGCAUCCUGGAGCUCCUCUCCUUGGCCGACUUGGCGGACGACUUCCACAAGAAGACGGUGACGGCCAGCGUGGGCGGCGGGGUGGCCAGCGUCGCCGGGUCGAUCACCACCAUCACCGGGCUCAUUCUGGCGCCCUUCACGGCGGGCACGUCGCUCAUCGUCACAGCGGUGGGCAUCGGCAUCGCCACGGCGGGCGGCGUCACGUCUGCCUCGGCCAACAUCACGGACACGUUGCAUUCAAAGACCGACCGCAAGAAGGUGGAGAAGAUGAUCCAAGAUUACCAGGAUGAAAUUAAGGACAUCAAGGACUGCUUGGAGUUCUUACAGGAAGGCAUGGCGACGCUCGAGGAGUGGAACUUCGAGAAGUACGCCGAGAGCAUCUCAAAGAAGCACCUGAACCAGAACGUCAAACACGUAAUGAAGGAAGGCGGUCGGGCUGGGAAGGCUUUAGUCAUCAACACGGAGAACCUGAUCAGCACCGUCCAGGUUCUGAGCGUCGCCGGCGGCGCUGCUAAAGCUGCGCAGGUGAUGAGCGUCACCACGGGGGUCAUGUCGGGCCUCUUCCUGGCCCUGGACGUGUUCUUCCUGGCGAAGGAUUCCAUGGAGCUGAGAAAGGGCGCCAAGACGGAGUUCGCCGCCAAGAUCCGAGAGGUGUGUAAGCACCUGCAGCACGGGUUGCUGGAGCUGAACCGAAUCAAAGAGGAGCUGCAAAAAACUAUGGAUGGGAUACAGGUGGAGGUUGAAGAGGAGGAGGAGGAUGAGGACAUGUUGAAGUCUGACCUGAAGAAGCUUAUUGAACUUGAAGAUUGAGGGAUGGUGGCUGCGUGUUUAAAAUGAAGCAUCCCGGCUUUAACAAGACAAACAAACUCAAAUAGCUUUGGUAGUUUGUUUUUUUUUUCCAAUCGUUACUGAACAGAGUAAUGUUACUUUUUCUAAAAUAUUUCACUAGAUUCUUUUAAGUAUACUUGACUAAAAUGUUUUAUUGUAAUUACUCUAAAUGUGUGCCUUUUUCUCUUUUAAUAAAAGUGGUUUAUUCAUAUUUUA